AUGUGGGGGAUGCCGGGCACCGUGGUACGGAGCAUCCGUCCCUACCAGUCCAGCGAGCAGUACCUCUACGCCAUGAAGGAGGACUUGGCAGAGUGGCUGAAGGAGCUGUACGACCUAGACAUCGAGGUGGGCACCUUCGUGGAGGUGCUAGAGACGGGGGCCGUGCUCUGCUCCCAUGCCAACAAUGUCACCCACGUGGCCGAGGAGUUUGCCCGCACUUGCCCCGACGUGGCCCGCCACCUCCGCCUGCCCACUGCCGGCGUCACCUGCAACCUAGCGGCACAGCCGGGCACCUUCCAGGCCAGGGACAACGUCUCCAACUUCAUCCAGUGGUGCAGGAAAGAGAUGGAUAUUAAAGACGUCCUGAUGUUCGAGACGGAGGACCUGGUGCUGAGGAAGAACGAGAAGAAUUUUGUGCUGUGCCUGCUGGAGCUGGCGCGCCGCGCCGCCCGGUUCGGCAUGCGUGCCCCGACCCUCGUGCAGAUGGAGGAGGAGAUCGAGGAGGAGCUCCGCCAGGAGCUGGGGGUGCCUGCAGACACCCCCCUGCCCCGGCCCCCCAGGAAACCACGGGACCUCCACAACCUCGACCAGAUGGUCCAGCACCUGGUGAGCCGCUGUACCUGCCCCAUCCAGUUCCCCAUGAUCAAGAUAUCCGAAGGGAAAUACCGCGUGGGCGACUCUGACACCCUCAUCUUUGUCCGGAUCCUGCGGGAGCACGUCAUGGUGCGGGUCGGGGGCGGCUGGGACACGCUGGAGCACUACCUGGACAAGCACGACCCGUGCCGCUGCACCUCGCUCUCUCACAAACAAGCCUGGAAAACCAGGAGCCCCCAGCAGCAAGUGCAGCACGAGAUCUGGCUGUGCCCGGCCUCGAAGGCAGCCACCCGUGGCCAGCCCCAGCCCGCGCUGCUGGUCAGCCGCUCGCAGAGCCCCCUGCCCCCCGUCUCCUGGGGGUCCCGUGUCCCCGGCCCCCGGCCCCCUGCCACCCCCUCACCAGAGGGCUCGGGUCGCCCACCGAGUGCCAGCCCUCACCGGGAGCCAGUGCAGCCCCGGAGGGUCCCUUCGGGCAGGACGCGGGAGCCACCGGCUGCCCCUUCGGGGAGGCAGCCGCCACCGUCCAGGUCGCCCGCUCGACCCAGCUCCCCUGGCCGCAGGGCAACACGCCGGGCACCCACCCCUUCCCGGCUGGCCCCCGGCACACAGGACAGUGUGGGGGUCCCCAAGGCGCUGCACGGGAGCACCUCAGGAAAAACCCCUGCGGCACCGGCACGGGGCAGGUCCACGGCACCCAGCACCCGGCUGACACCAGCACCUCCAAAAAGCACCCAGCAAGGAGGCAAAUCGUCUGUGGCGGCUGCCAGGCCGCAGGAAGGGGGGGUCCCUGCCGCGGCGACACCCCGUGCCCCCAGCCCCAUCAAGGUCUGUGCCCCCUCCCUGCACCGGGAUGCCCGGGGAGACUCACAAGGCCAGAAAAGCCAGCGGGAAGGGAGCCGGGGAGCACUCAGCCGGGGCCAACCGCCCUCACCCCGAAAUUCCUCCAGCCAGCCUCUGAAACAGGACAGCAACAGUAAACCCCCCAUCAAAGCCAGCCCGGCCGUCUGCCGGCCCCCCACCCCUCUGGCCCAUUUUGCAGACGGGUGCAAGAUCUGUGCUGCUGGGGGGGGUCCCCAGGGAACCCGGCAGUGCCACCCAGCCCCGAGCCCAAGGGCUGGGGGUGCUGAGGGACCCGGGGUACCGGCGGAUGAACUGGGGGGCUCCUGUGGCCCCGGUGGGGGGAGCGAGGGGCUUCAGGGGUGCUGGGGGCACGCGCAGCCCCCCGGCUACAGCAGGGUGGUGGAGGAGCUCUCCCGCGGGCGGCAGCCCCUGCGCCCCGUGGGGCUGGGGAGCUGGGUCCCCAAAACGCCCCCACGAGCCAGCCCGCAGCCCACCGCCGUCCCAGCCGGAGGGGAGGCGGAGGGGCCAGGAGUGGGGUGCCAGACCCCGCGGGGAGCCAGGGCCAGCAACGUCUCCAAGCCCCGGCGGUGCCUGAAGAAACCCGAGCGUGUGCCUUCCAUCUACAAGCUGAAGCUGCGACCCAAGGUGCGUCCCCGGCGGGACCACAGGCCGGGCAAGCGCCCCUCGCGUAUCCCCACCCCACUGGGGCAGCGCCCACCCGCCCCCCGGGGCCAGCAUCACCCCCCGGCACCCCCCCGGCACCCCCAGCCCAGCAGCACCCACCCCGGGGCCAAGCCCUCGCUGGCUGACAGUGGUGCCUGGCUGACCGAGGACGACGAGGAGGCGUGGGUCUGA